CAGAGCAAGCUGGUGAAAUACUUCAGCCGCCAGCUCUCCUGCAAGAGGAAAGUAGCGCUGCAGGAACGCAAUGCCAAGCUGGAGGGAUUCCCGCAGCUUCUGCACUGGUUCCGCAUUGUCAACAUCCGCAAGGAAGUCAUGGAGGAAAUCACUCCAGGCCAAUUGAACUUGGAGGACCUGCUGGAAAUGACAGAGGAGCAGGUCUGUGAAACAGUGGAGAAGUUCGGGGCCAACAGGGAAGAAUGUGCUCGGCUUAAUGCUUCGCUCUCCUGCCUUCGGAAUGUGCAUAAGUCAGGAGGCAACCUUUCCAAGCAAGACUGGACCAUCCAGUGGCCAGCGACAACCGAGACCAGCAAGGAGAGCAAUCCCACCUGCCAGUCGGAAUCCAUGCAGUGGAUCCGAGCGCAUCUCUCUCCAAGCCCCAAAGCCCAGCCAAAGUGCAUUCAGCAUUACUGCCACCCAACCAUGUCCCACGGGUCGGUGUACACCCACGUGGACAGGCUGACCGUGGAAGGUUUUCCGGGACUGUGCCCCUCUCUGGAAUCUGGCCACCGCUCCUUGCCCCCUUCCCCCCGUCAGCGGCAUGCUGCCCGCACCCCACCACGCACCCCUAAUAUAGUCACCACCAUGACUCCGCCAGGCACGCCCCCCAUCAAGAAGAAGAACAAGGUGAAGCCGCCCGGCACACCGCCGCCCUCAUCUCGGAAGCUGAUCCACCUUUUCCCAGGAUUCACCUCUUUGCAUCGCAGCAAGUCCCAUGAAUUCCAGCUGGGCAAUCGGGUGGACGAGGCUCACACACCCAAAGUAAAGAAGAAGAACAAGCCCCUGAACCUGAAGAUCCACAACAGCGUGGGAAGCUGCGAGAACAUCCCUGCCCAGCGCUCGCCCCUCCUCUCAGAGCGGUCCUUGCGCUCCUUCUUUGUCGGACAUCCGCCUUUCCUUCCCUCCACCCCCCCUGUGCACACAGACGGCACCUUCUCCACGAAUACACUCUUAGUACCUUGCUGGUCCCCACAGAUUCCUCGGCGGGAUCUUGGAAACUCAAUCAAACACAGGUUUUCCACCAAGUAUUGGAUGUCUCAGACCUGCACCGUCUGUGGAAAAGGAAUGCUGUUUGGACUGAAAUGUAAAAACUGCAAACUCAAGUGCCACAAUAAAUGCACCAAAGAGGCCCCACCAUGUCAUCUGCUGAUCAUCCACCGGGGAGAUCCAGCAAGAUUAGUCCGGACAGAAUCUGUGCCAUGUGAUAUCAACAACCCCUUGCGGAAGCCCCCCAGAUACUCGGAUCUGCACAUCAGCCAGACCCUUCCUAAAACCAACAAAAUCAACAAGGAUCACAUCCCAGUGCCCUACCAGCCUGACUCCAGCAGCAAUCCCUCCUCCACGACGUCCUCCACGCCCUCCUCUCCAGCUCCCCCACUGCCACCCAGCGCCACCCCGCCGUCUCCCCUGCACCCCUCCCCACAGUGCACGCGGCAACAGAAGCAGUUCAACCUGCCAGCUUCACAUUACUACAAAUACAAACAGCAAUUCAUCUUUCCAGAUGUCGUGCCUGAGACUCCCCCCCGAGCACCCCAAGUUGUUCUCCAUCCAGUGACUUCAAACACAAUCCUGGAAGGAAAUCCAUUACUUCAAAUUGAAGUGGAGCCAACCUCUGAGAAUGAGCAGGGCAACGAUGAGGAAUCUGAGGACGACUUUGAGGAGAUGAACCUCUCUCUCCUUUCUGCUCGCAACUUCCCACGCAAAGCCAGCCAGACCAGCAUCUUCCUGCAGGAGUGGGACAUCCCAUUCGAGCAGCUGGAGAUAGGAGAGCUGAUCGGCAAGGGCCGCUUUGGGCAGGUGUUCCACGGUCGCUGGCACGGAGAGGUGGCCAUCCGCCUCAUCGACAUCGAGCGGGACAACGAAGACCAGCUGAAGGCCUUCAAGAGGGAAGUGAUGGCCUACCGGCAGACGCGGCAUGAGAACGUGGUGCUGUUCAUGGGUGCCUGCAUGAGUCCACCCCACCUCGCCAUCAUCACCAGCUUGUGCAAAGGACGGACACUCUACUCGGUGGUGAGAGAUGCCAAAAUUGUACUGGAUGUCAACAAGACGCGGCAAAUUGCUCAAGAGAUUGUCAAGGGAAUGGGCUAUCUUCACGCAAAGGGAAUUCUACACAAAGAUCUUAAGUCAAAAAAUGUCUUCUAUGACAAUGGGAAGGUGGUGAUCACCGACUUCGGCCUCUUCAGUAUAUCAGGAGUUCUACAAGCGGGCAGGCGAGAGAACAAACUGCGGAUCCAGAAUGGCUGGUUGUGCCACUUAGCUCCAGAGAUCAUCCGGCAGCUUUCCCCUGACACAGAAGAAGACAAGCUGCCUUUCUCCAAACACUCUGAUGUCUUUGCACUUGGCACCAUCUGGUACGAACUGCACGCCCGCGAGUGGCCAUUCAAGACCCAACCGGCCGAGGCAAUAAUUUGGCAAGUGGGUCAUGGGAUGAAGCCGAACCUCAGUCAGCUUGGCAUGGGGAAGGAGAUUUCAGACAUUCUUCACUUUUGCUGGGCCUAUGAGCAGGAGGAGCGUCCGACCUUCACCAAGCUCAUGGAGAUGUUAGAGAAACUGCCAAAGCGGAAUCGUCGCCUUUCGCACCCCGGCCAUUUCUGGAAGUCAGCAGAGUAA